CCGCCCUGCCCGGUGGCGGAGCGGCGGCCAGCGCUGGGAGGGCCCGGCCCCGCGAUGCCACACUUCAGCCAGCUCUACCAGCAUGUGCCAGAGACACACUGGCCCAUCGUGUACUCCCCGCGCUACAACAUUACCUUCAUGGGCCUGGAGAAGCUGCACCCUUUCGAUGCCGGGAAAUGGGGCAAGGUGAUCAAUUUCCUAAAAGAGGAAAGCCUGCUGUCAGACGGCAUGCUGGUGGAGGCGCGGGAGGCCUCGGAGGAGGACCUACUGGUGGUGCACACGAGGCGCUACCUCAACGAGCUAAAGUGGUCCUUCGCGGUCGCCACCAUCACAGAGAUCCCUCCUGUCAUCUUCCUCCCCAACUUCCUUGUGCAGAGGAAGGUGCUGCGGCCCCUUCGGAUCCAGACAGGAGGAACCAUCAUGGCGGGAAAGCUGGCGGUGGAGCGCGGCUGGGCCAUCAACGUAGGGGGCGGCUUCCACCACUGCUCUAGCGACCGGGGCGGGGGCUUCUGUGCCUACGCGGACAUCACACUGGCCAUCAAGUUUCUCUUUGAGCGAGUGGACGGCGUCUCCAAGGCCACCAUCAUUGACCUCGAUGCCCAUCAGGGCAACGGGCACGAGCGGGACUUCAUGGACGACAAGCGUGUGUAUAUCAUGGACGUCUACAACCGCCACAUCUACCCCGGGGACCGCUUUGCCAAGCAGGCCAUCAGGCGCAAGGUGGAGCUGGACUGGGGCACGGAGGACGAGGAGUACCUGCACAAGGUGGAGAGGAACAUGGAGAAGGCCCUGCAGGAGCACAGCCCGGACGUGGUGAUCUACAACGCUGGCACCGAUGUCCUCGAGGGGGACCGCCUCGGGGGACUGGCCAUCAGCCCAGAGGGCAUCGUGAAGCGGGACGAGCUGGUGUUCCGGGUGGUCCGAAGCCGGCAGAUCCCUAUCCUCAUGGUGACCUCGGGGGGCUACCAGAAGCGCACGGCGCGCAUCAUCGCCGACUCCAUCCUCAACCUGCGCAACCUGGAUCUCAUCGGACCCCAGUCGCCCAGCAUCUCCACCCAGAGCUCAGACACCCCGCUGCUCUCGCCCUCGGUGUCGUGACCUGCGCUGCGCUAGGUGGCACCAGCCUGUCUCCGGCCCGCCACCACCUGCUCUAGUGCCGUGUCCACCCUGUGGGGCCCUGGGCGCCCAGCGCACCGAGGGGAAGGAGGGCCGAGCCGUCCCCGCCUGGGCCAGAGGAGGGCCCGCCGCGGCCCCCCUGCUCCCCGCCCGGGUCCCUGGUCCCCGUGGGCAGGACAGUGGCCAGGCAAGAUCCCCUGGGGUCCAGGGUCGGACCAGGCCCUGUGGAGGCCGCAGGUCUUCAGAACAGGAGAGGAGGCCGGGAGGCCAGGGGGCCCUGUGGUUUGGACACGUCCUGGUCGGUGACACAGAGGACGUCCCCAUCUCCACCCUGCUGGGCUCUCCCCCAGUCGCAGGUGGCUGUCCCACUGUCCAUGCCUCAGGUGUCAGGAGCCACGCUGCCGAGGACAGCCCAGCGCCAGGCGCCCGGGGGGCCUAUGUCCCCAGCCGUGUGACGUGGGACCUGGGGCAGGGACGCAGGGGGGCUCUCCAGUCUGGGGUCCCCCCAAUAAAGCAAGGUCUGGGCCUGCUCCUGCGAGGUCCCCGUGUGGUGACGAAGGGGGGGGGGCCCAGGACACCCCGUGGAUCGCCCACUCAGCCGCAGGGGCAGGUCCUGGGGACGACCUGUCAGCUCAGAAGGGGCCUGGAGGGGUGUGGGGGGACAGGGAGGUGGCUGGGGAGGGGACACGAGGGAAAGUGGGGCCAAGCCAGGUCCCACAGAACCGAGGCCCCAGGCGGGGUGUCCAGGGUGGUGGCAGCGAGGUCUCUGUCCCAGGCUGGUGGCAGCUGGGGUGGGUCCUGGGCCUGCAUCUCCAGUGGCCUCACCCCGAGUCCCCAGGUCCUCCUCCUGUCCCCAUGCACAGAGCCGAGUGCCUGCCUCUGGCCCCUCCGCCACCUCUGCCCUGAAGGGGACACUCAGAGUCCCCUCGGGUGUGGGGUGACGGGAGCACCCCCCCCCUCCAAGCCAGUGACUGCCACCUAGCCCCGGGCACGGUGUGGGGGGGUGGGGACACUGGUCAGCUGACCUGGCCCACCCUCCAGGUGCGUCCACGGGCUCCUGCAGUGUCCCUCGCACCCCGUGCUGGGGCCGGGCAGGGUCCCCCGAUCCCAGGCUGUCCCUACACCGCCCCCUGCAGCAGAGCCCAGGCCCAACAGGGUCCCUUCCCCCGUGGUGACCUGGAUCUGACCCAAGGGCCCCAAAGCCACCUGUGCCCAGCGCGGGCCGGGGACCUCCAGGCUGCGGUUUGUCACUGUGGGGCUUCUGUCCCCGAGACCCAUAAAGGCUCUUGACUGGA